UAUAAAGGGUGCAAUAUUUCACUAAACAUUUACAGCAAUUGCCACUCUUUUAGACAUCACUCUGGGACACAUAUCAUAUAGGAUCACAUAACGAUCAUGUUGACUGUUGAUAGUUCACAGGUAUCAUUGUUAUCCAAGUCUACCCUUAGGAAUUAUCAACAAUCAAAUCCUGGGGAACGUUAUAUAAUUUCAAUAGCAGGUAUACCAGGAGCUGGGAAGACAACAUUUGCUUCUCGAGUGGCUGAAGAAUUGAAUAAAUCUGUUAAGACGAUGGUUUUACCUCAAGAUGGAUUUCAUUUAUAUAGAAAGGAAUUAUUACAAUUACCAAAUCCUGAAGAAGCUGUUGCUAGAAGAGGAGCUCCAUUUACAUUCAAUGCCAAUGCAUUCGUGGAAUUGAUUAGUAAGUUGAAUGAUCCUCAAUACGUUCAAACUACUAUCAAAGUUCCUUCAUUUGAUCAUAGUGUUAAAGAUCCAGUUGAAGAUGAUAUUGAAAUUGAUCCCGAAACUAAAAUAGUCAUCAUAGAAGGGAAUUAUGUAUCAUUAAAGGACCCCGUUUGGAAUGAUAUUGAGAAAUAUUGCAAUGAGUCAUGGUUCAUUAAAGUAGACCUAGAAGAAGCAGCAUUACGUUUAGCCAACAGACAUUUAGAAUCUGGAAUUGCUCAAACUUUAGAUGAAGCCCUUGAAAGAGCUAAAGGAAGUGAUUAUUUAAAUGCUCAAUAUAUUUUAGCCAAUUCUAAGAACGGGAACGUCUUAAUUAACUCCAAGUAAAUAAUAAAAGUAUUUUUAAAUUUUAUUUUUAUUUAAAUUGUAUGUAUGUAUAUAUAAGUUUAUAUAAUGUAUAAUUAAAAUAAAGUCAAUUCUUAUUUUUAAAGA